UCCAACUAUUCCUUUUGCAGUUUUGACUUAAAUUUCACUUUGCAUUGUCUGUUCACUUAGUUAAUUUGUAAUUACUACAAAAAUAUGAUGGCCAACACCGUGAAUCGCAUUUUCAAGCAAAGCCUCAAUGGUACUUUCACUAAGCCUAUCACAAGAUGCUUGUCACUUUCAGCAACAAACAACAAAAAAGUUGCAAUUUUGGGUGCAUCAGGAGGAAUUGGUCAACCUUUAUCUUUGCUUAUGAAGCAGAACCCUGGAGUUUCCCACCUUGCGUUGUAUGAUAUCAUGAAUACCCCAGGAGUUUCUGCAGAUUUGAGUCACAUUGAUUCACAAGCAAAAGUUACAGGACAUACUGGAGAUGCUGAAAUUGCUGAGUGUCUCAGAGGGGCUGAUGUUGUUAUCAUGCCUGCUGGCGUCCCGAGAAAACCGGGGAUGACUAGGGACGAUUUGUUCAACACAAACGCAAGUAUUGUAGCAUCUCUAGCAAAAUCUUGCGCUGAACAUUGCCCAGGUGCGUUUCUUGGAAUUAUUUCUAAUCCAGUAAACUCCACUGUACCUAUUGCAUCUGAAAUGUACAAACGGCAAGGAGUCUACAAUCCCAAUAAAAUCUUUGGUGUUACUACUUUGGAUGUUGUACGAGCUAAUGCUUUUAUCGCUGAAGCAAAAGGACUUAAUGUUUCAACAGUUAAUGUACCUGUAAUAGGUGGUCAUGCUGGUAUUACCAUUAUUCCCUUAAUUUCAAGUUGUUCUCCAUCUGUAUCUUUUGAUGCUGCUGCGCUCAAAGCUAUAACGGAGCGUAUUCAAGAAGCAGGUACAGAAGUGGUGAAAGCUAAAGAUGGUGCAGGUUCUGCAACCUUAUCCAUGGCGUACGCAGGGGCACGUUUUGCAUCAUCCUUACUCGAUGUUCUUGCUGGUAAAGAUGGAGUUGUAGAAUGUGCCUUUGUGAGAUCAGAUGUUACAGAGGCUUCGUAUUUUUCAACUCCUUUAGUGCUCGGACCUGAAGGUAUCGAAAAGAACUUGGGUCUCGGAAAUCUGUCUGAUUUCGAAAAAGAACUUGUCAAAGCAUGUGUGCCUGAACUUCAAAAAUCUAUCAAGAAAGGAGAAGAAUUUGCAGCCAAUUUUAACUAGGACAAUUUCUAAUUCUUCAAAACAAUUUAUGAAUAAUAUUGGGUUCCAAUUUUCAGUUCCAUAUAAACCAUUGUUCAAUGAUUAUUUAUUGCAUUUUGCAUUCUAGGUCGUGCAUAGACUUUUCUGAUAAGAUAUUUUGCCUCAACAACUAAGGUUUUUGUUUAUAAAAAGCUUUUAGAUUGUUGUGAUUCAUUUCCAUAUUUCUAAUCUCGGGGAUGUCCAAGUCGAUUUGAAUAUUAGAAUACAUUAUAAUAAAUAUAAAUUGUAUUCUAAUGAGCCAAUUUAAAUCAGCAUUUGGCACUCUGAUAUCUCAUCAGAUAUAUCUCCACUAUCGCUAUUUUAAACAUAGCUGAUUUCAGGAUACAUUCAUUAUUUAAUGCAAAUAUAUUUACUAUUAAUGUAUUUUGAAUAGUUCAAAUUAUUCGGUUUUGAUCAUCUCUGAUCUCCAUGCAGAUUUUGGCAAUCCGGUAUAUAUCCCUGUUCAUUGAAUUUCAUGGUUUAAUUUUGCGCCACAAUGCGACUGUAAAUCGUAGUCGUUUAAUGUGCUAAUUAUUUGGACAUAGUAUUGAUACAAUGCCUAUUGAUGAUUAUAUAAUUUCGCUAAAUUAUUCAUUAAUUUGCCUAG